AUGGAGGACAUAGAGGAUUUGCUAGUUGGGAGCGGAGGUGGAGCUCCUCCGGGUUUUCGUUUGCCCAUAACAGCCGUCGGAUUGAACCCAAAGAAGAACAAGAACAAGAACAAACCCAAUCCCAAUCCCAAUGGCAAUAGCAAUAAGCUAUCUCAAAUCCAAGACCCCCUUGCUCCUCUCUCUCCCAAAAUCCCUGGAACUCAGACUAUAUAUAUCAAGACAUUUGGGUGCUCACACAACCAGUUUGCAAGUUUUGGAGAAUAUGAUGUGGUAAGAGGGGUUCAAAUGAUUAAUUCAAGCAGCUGUCUUCAGAAGACAAAUUCAGAGCAAGGUAGUAGAGCAGUUGAUGAUGAGAACAGGAGAUAUUGGGGAAACAAAGGAGGGGAUGAAGAAGGGUGGAAGGUCUAUGGAAGAGAGAAUGAAAAUUAA